CAAAUGCAAGUCCUCCCUAAUUAAGCUCGGAAUUCUAUGCACAUUGACCUAGAAAUAAAUCCCAUUUGAACACAGUGGUCGUUCACACGUGCAAGACUGGGCUUUAAGGAUGUGACCCUUUGUCUGAGUAAACAUGGAAAUACCCGGCUGCUAUGAAACGAGCCGUCUCCCUUUUUCUCCGCCGAGUCUUCUCUCCGCCCUUAGCAACCGCGCCUGGCAACGUCGCGUCGCUGGGUUGGGCGGAGUCAGCCGGCAUCAUUCGACCCGCCCUUUCGGCCGUUUGCUCGGGUUGGUGUUCUACGCGAGGCCGAGGCUAUGCGGCCUAGUCCGACGGGGGGAUGCUGAAGGUGAAGAUACUUUUCGUUGGCCCCAGCGAGGAUCCUAGAAUACGAGAUGCCAAAUUUCGGUGGAAACGGCAAAGGAGCAGGGUGUCGGUUUGAACUGUGGGAUUGUGGAGGAGAUCAAAAAUUCGAGACUUGCUGGCCAGCACUGAUGAAAGAUUCCCAUGGGGUCGUCAUUGUUUUCAACCAAGACUCACCCACCCAUCUGAAGGAGAUUGAAAUGUGGCACUCCUGUUUUGUGCAACAGCAGCAGCUGCUGGAGAGCCAGUGCCUGCUCAUUUCGCAUCACAAGCCAGGCAGUGCAAUGGACCCGGAGAAUCUCACCUUGCCUCCACCGCUGAACAGGCUGCAGGUGGUCCACUCUAGCCUCGAAGAAGAUCCUGAAGAUUUCCGGAUGGAAUUUGUGAAGUACCUCAAGGGCAUUACCAAGUUGGUGAAUGAGAACCGAGACAGAGAGGAGAUGCUGCUGAUCACUUAAAAGCAGGAGGAACGCUGCUGCAAAGAAAAUAAAAGAAAUACCCAUUUAAACACACACA